AUGGGACUCCGUACCAUUGAUCGGGACGAAUGGAUCGAGCUUGACAAUCACUUCCCAAAAUAUCAUGCUGACAAGGCAAUACGCAUUCAAGAGCGAGGCGACAAGUGCAUCAAGACUCACCCGGAUGCCGUUCCAGCCGCCAUGGAGCUCCUCGAGGAGCUCGCAAACUAUCUACCUGCGCGGUAUCCCGGCCUGUUUAAACGAACAGCAGUGGGAAUUGACAACGUUUGGUCGGGCGAGUCUUUUAACAUUCUGCAACGGCCACUCCGGGAAGACCCAAUGACAGUAUGUGCCAGGUUAAUUCAAGAUGACCUGGCCCUGUUACUAGAACAGCCAGACGGGACGUAUCGCCUCCUGGCCGGGUGUAUUCUCUUGGCUGGCUUUUGGAGACUCUCUGACAAGUUCGGCAUGUCACUGUCGGAUAUUCACACCUCUGGAAACGUCCCCUCCUUUCAAGAAAAGCUCGAAAGGGGCAUGGUCAAGUUCUUUCAGAGAAUCAAGACCGAUACCAUGUACGGACGCAGCAACUAUUUCAUCCAAGUCGACGAUUCGUUGCCGUGGAGCCACAGCAUUGGCGACGAGGACGACCCGGACGUGGGCUGGAGUACGGCCGAACAGGGCAAAAUUAUUCACCAUCACUGGUUCAGGUCCGAGAGACAGUCUCUUCGUCGACUACCCAGGACGCGGGCCAUUUGCUUCACCAUCCGGACCUACUUCUUGCCCAUUACCGAGAUGGCAGAGGAGGACUAUGUUCCAGGCAGGUUGUCCAGCGCCAUCCGUAGCUGGGACCAUGACGUCUCAAAGUACAAGGGCCGGGCGAAAUAUGAAGCUGUUUUGCUCGACUACCUCGACCGAAAACACCAGGACCAGGUGCGCAAUGGGCUGGAUUUGGCUCGCGAGGAACACGUGCGACAAUACCCUUGGUAA